AUAAAACAAGCAACGAGUGUGAAAAAUAGAUGGAUUCAAUGAAUUCAUAAAUUUCAGUAGUACACCAGACUGUGAACUAGUGACUUUGAUAAAGCGUGCUAAUGAGGAAUGGAUACCUAGAAAGCUUUAUCAACAAAAACACGAAAAAGGGUAGGAAGCAGAACAACUUCCCCAACAUUACAUAAAAGACAACUCUAUAUCACCUUGCCAUUCGAAGGUGACAACGACGUGCUAGAAGUAGUUAGAUGAAGACUGGAGAAGUCUAUCAAAAGAAUUUACUACGCUGUAAAAUUCAUCAUCCUCAGCACUACCAAAAGGGCACUGCAAGAAUCAAAGGGAAAUAGAGGGCUCCGAUCCUUAACACAUCGAAUGUAUCUCUGGAAGAAAAUACAUUGGUCUUACGGAGAGACAUCUGUCUACUUCAAUGGUUGAAGCAUGUCGAGAAGACCCCAGAGAAGUCUAUAAUGAGACACCUAGUGAAUUAUUGGCAUGAUGCUUAUACCUGUAAGUCUUUUGCAGUUAUCAGUAGACAGCAAACUAAGGAAAUGCUGGGAUAUGGAGAAGCCUGUGAGAUUCUAGUUGUCAAACCAAACUUCUGCAUUCUGAAGGGAAUGGUAGUCAUCUUGAAUAUGUCAUGCUAGGAAUUACAACAUCAUCUAAUCAUAUUCAAUCUUUCUUACUUCCUCUUCGCUCCUAAAUACCACUCAUCUUAUAUUUUGUUUUCCUUCCUAUUAACAUUGUUAUCAUUGUUAUUAUUCAACUCAAUAUACACCUGGUUUUCUUAGGUACUUAGGUACUAUUGAGUAUUAUUGAGUAUCUUGUUUUGAAUGAUGUGAUCUACGUUUAACCGAUUCAUUUCUCACCCCUGUGUAAACAUUAAUAUUAUUAUUAUCAUUAUUCGCUUACCUGAAAUCCAUUAUUAUCCAAACGCAGAGUUAAUCAUGUAACCUAUCCCAAAUCCACUCAAUUUUGGACAUCCGUUUGUGCCCUUUACAUUACCACUUAACCUGAAAAAACUGUUCAUUUCUAUGUUGUGUUAUACUUAAAUCUAUGACUGUCUACGUUAUAUAUGCAUGUAUGUAUGUAUGUAUGCAUGUAUGUGUGCUCUUUUCCAUUGCUUAACGGUAUAUAUAAUCAAGUACGUAGAGUAUCCAGCUGACGAGUACUACUGAAGUUUAUGAAUCUAUUACAUUAUGGUCAGUGAGAAGCAGAAUAAAACCUGAACUUUUAUUUCAGUUGACGGUAUUCAUUCAUCCUAUUCGUUUGUGAUAUUAUAAAAUCAACUUGAGCGUUGAUGCACGUCUAUGCCAUGUUCUUUGGUAAUCCAUUUGUCUAUCACUUGUGAAACUUUGUCGAAUAAGAUAAAUUGCUUAACUUUUCUCAUAAUCGUUUCCAACAACAGGAUCCGUAAUUGUUUUAUCCUAACAACAUUUUAUCUGGUAUUUAGAUUUUCAGAUUCAGAUUUAUUGUUUGAGAAUUGGAGGCUUGUUGGAAGCAAACCAUUGGAUAUGUGGAGUCAGCAUGUUUCAAAUGGACGAGUUUGUCGUAUCACUGAUGAAGAAAUUCAAUCAUAUGUACUAGAAAUCUUGGGUCGAAAUAUCAGUACUACAUAUAUCACUUGUCCAAAUGAUUCAAAAAAGAGCCUGGCUGUUAAAAUGCCAAUCUUAGUAAUUGUUUUGAAGAAUCUUAAUAAAUACUUCACUUUUGAAGUUCAAGUUCUUGAUGAUCAAAAUUUGAAACGAAGAUUUCAUGCAAGUACUUGUCAAAGUGCUACACUUGUCAAACCAUUUGCAUGUAUGAUGCCAAUGAAACUUGAUGAAGGAUGGAAUCAAGUACAAUUUGACUUAGCUGAUUUUACACGUAGAGCUUAUGGUACUACUUAUAUAGAAACAGUCAAAUUGAGUAUUCAUGCAAAUUGUCGACUACGUCGUGUAUACUUUUGUGACCGAAUAUAUUCUGAAGAUGAAUUACCUAAAGACUAUAAAUUAUAUUUGCCUAUCCAUCCAACAUCUUCUAGUCGUACACAUCAUCGGCAAUCGACAGUUUCAACUGGGACAAGUUCAUCAAAUCAUUGAAGUGCUUAUUUUUUUUCUGUUAAAAAGUUUAUUUUCGAU